AUGGUGCAGUUGCGAUCAUUCCUCUCGCUGGCAGCGCUGACCCUGCCCCUCGUUACAGCGGCUUCAGAUGUCAUCAAUCUGAUUCCUUCAAACUUCGACAAAGUCGUCUUCGAGUCCAACAAGCCCGCCUUGGUGGAGUUCUUUGCCCCAUGGUGUGGACACUGCAAGAACCUUGCACCCGUUUAUGAAGAGUUAGCCACAGCCUUCGCUAACAGUGGUAACAAAGUCACCAUUGCAAAUGUCGACGCCGAUAAACACAAGGAUCUUGGGAAGAGGUUCGGCGUUCAGGGGUUUCCUACGCUGAAGUGGUUCGACGGCAAGCCCGGAAGCGAACCAGAAGACUACAAUGGCGGCCGCGAUCUUGAGAGUUUGACCAAGUUUAUCGUUGAGAAGACUGGGGUUAAGGUCAAAGGCCCAAAGAAGGCUCCAAGCAACGUGGAGAUGUUGACCGAUACCACGUUCAAGCAAGAGGUUGGCGGAGACAAGGAUGUGUUGGUUGCGUUUACGGCACCUUGGUGUGGACACUGCAAAUCCCUCGCUCCGACCUGGGAGAAACUCGCAGAUGACUUCGCCGCCGAACCAAAUGUCAUUAUUGCCAAGGUCGACGCCGAAGCUGAGAACUCCAAGGCCACCGCUCAAUCCCAGGGCAUUACUGGCUAUCCUACCAUCAAGUUCUUCCCCAAGGGCUCCACUGAGCCUGAACCAUAUACCGGCCCACGGACCGAAGAGGCUCUUGUCGACUUCAUCAACUCCAAGGCCGGAACUUACCGUCUCCCGGGAGGAGGGCUCAACACGCAGGCAGGUACUGUGGAAGCCAUCGAUAACAUCCUCGCCAAAUAUGUCACUUCUGGCGGCCUCAAGGAUGUGGAGAAGGCAACUGAGGAUAUCAAGAAGGCUGCAAAGGACCUGAAGGACAAGUCGGUCGACUACUAUCUACGAGCCCUUGGUAAAUUGAGCUCGAACCCAGACUAUGCUAGAAAGGAGCAGACCAGAUUGGCUGGUCUCCUGAAGAAAGGAGGUCUGGCUCCAGAGAAGGUGGACGACCUUCAGAGACGUAGCAACGUCCUCUCCAGGUUUUUGGCUCAAGAAGAUUCCAAGAGCGAGUUGUGA